AUGAGAGAGUGGUUCAUUUUUCCUCAUCAAUUCUCAGAGGCUCCAGGUCAGAUCAACGCUCUUUUCAUGCUCACGGUAGCGGUUUCUCGUGACGGCAAGAGUGGCCUACCAUCAAUAUACAUGAACGAGCAUGCUGAAGAGCAGAAUUCUGCGCAGGGUUCUUUCUGCUUGGAAACUUCUCGUCUAUCUAGCGUUUUCAAACGAACAAGAGUAAUGUAA